AAGAAAAAAGUAGCGUGCGUGCGUGACCAUUAACAAUGCCAUUCUAAUUUUCUUUCAAUCCAAUCUUCAAACCCUUUCCAUUUUGGGUUUCCGAAAAAUCCAAUUAAUCGGAAAAACAGCACCGCCGCGUCACUUUGUUUUUGGUUUCCCUCCAGAAUUUCCUGAGAAACAAACAAAGCUUUGCCCGUCAGAACUCCCCAGUUGUUACUUCCUCUCCAAUCAAACAGCGGUUUAGAUAACUGUCCCCGAGUUUAUCCAAUUACCUCGUUUCUAGCAAAAAAAAAAAAACCAUAAUAUCCUAUUACCAUCUGAAAUCUUUGUCAUUUUCUUCGGAUUAGAGGGUUUAGUCAAUUUUCUAUCUUUGAUUUUCCAUCGGAUUUUUUUCUUGAGGAAAAAAAAAUGAGAAGACAACAGCCAAAUCAUCGACAUCAGGAUCAACAAUCAAGGGUUUUCUACGAGCUGUCGGCGCUGGUUCUGAGUCUUCUACGAUCGCCGCCGACGCCGAUGCCUUUCUCCGACCAAUCGCCGGCACCGGCGAGGAGGCCUCAUCCACCGUCGACAUCGACGACGACGAUAUCGCCGGCGGGAUUCGCUUGGCUGAUGCUAGGGAUAUCGGUUUCGUUGAUGCUGUGUGGAUCGCUUACUUUCUUUAUAGGGUUCAUGUUAAUGCCUUGGGUUCUUUGUUUGGUCAUGGUUUUUUACGUUGCUGGUAUUGUUUCCACGGUUUCCAUGUUAGGUCGUUCUAUUCUUUGUUACGCCAUGGCUCCUCCUUCGCCGCGAAAGGAUAUUCCUGCAUGGAAACUUUUAUGAAGAGAAAAUUGGUUCAGACAGAGGGUUGGAUAAUGUGUUGGGGAAUCCAGUAGCACUUGAGUUCUUGUGAAUGGUACUGCCUGUUGCUACAACAGGGAAAGGGAGUUCACCAGGUUUCUUCGAUCAGGGAAUGUGGAUAACACUUGCUUCAAAAUGUUACUGAAAUAUGUGGAUAUGGCUUCUUUGUCUAGUAGAAGUAGUGACUUGUCGAAGGAUUUAACUGAUCAUGUGUAUUGUAUUCUUAUUUGCGAGAAGAAAUGGGAGGGUUGUUUCCCAUUUCUUUCCUAUACUCAAUUUCUAUUGGGUAAGUCCCUGUUUCUUUCU